CAUUCUUUGGGGGCGUAACCCGGAAGAUAAUUGUUAUUUCCGGGUCAGACGACAACAUGCUCGCCGGCUGUGAAAUUAAAAAUCCGCCGCUUUGGUUUUAUGAAGUCCGUUUGUAACGUCGCUGUUGAAUUAAUCAAAUCCAGAAGGGCUCACAGUUCAGCCACAGCUCGUCGACUCGGAGGAGAGAUGUGUAAAGAGCUCAAGACCAGAGUGCUGCGCAUGUUGCCGCCGAGCUGCCACGGCCCGUCUCUUCCUCAGGAGGACCACACAGAUGUUGCUGAAAUCCUGAGUUGCACGGUGAAGGCUCUUAAGGAGGGUCAUGUGGUCGGUGUACCCACAGACACCAUCUACGGCCUGGCAUGUCUGGCCCAGAACUCUGAAGCCGUCAGAAAAACCUACGACAUCAAAGGACGAAAUGGACAUAAACCACUGGCCAUCUGUGUAGGAGAAAUCCAGGAUAUCUAUAAGUACUGCAAGGUGAAGGUGAAGGAAGCGCUGCUGGGUGACCUGCUGCCUGGUCCCGUCACUCUGGUGUUGGAAAGAUCUGAAGCACUGAACACAGAUCUCAACCCCUUUACUUCACUUGUAGGCGUACGUAUCCCAGACCAUGCCUUUAUGAGACGCCUUUGCCAGAUGUGUGCUGAACCACUCGCACUUACCAGCGCCAACAUCAGCUCAUACACGAGCACCGUGGCCGUAAAUGAGUUUCAGGAGCUCUGGCCCAAACUAGCUCUGGUGGUGGAUGGCGGACCAGUAGGAGACAACAGCCGCCUCGGAUCAACCGUGGUGGACCUAUCGGUACUUGGGAAAUACCGCGUCAUCAGACCCGGCUGUGCCCUUUCUUCUACGGUUAAUGUGCUGGAGCACAAAUAUGGACUGUCAGAAGACUCGGGGCAAGAAUGACCUUUUGAACUCUCUACACUCCAAAACACGCGCUGAGACGCCCAGCCGGCGUUGACCUGGGGCUUCUCAGAAAAGAUGAAUCCUUUUCAUGUUGACAUGGAAGAAUGAAUCUUUUUCAGGAAGUACUAGAACUCAGGAGCAACUUGAUUGCUGUUUUUUUUUUUUUUUCUCUGGUGGCUGCUUUAAGGGUUUUAAUAACUGUUGAACAUUUUUUCUGCCUUACUAUUGGUCCAAUAUUACGGGAUUAUGUGGGAGUGUCACAGUUCUUUACCAUUUAUUCAGAAUUACAGAAAAAGGAUCAGCUGUGUAGUAUGUGUAUGUAUGGAUUUUUUUUUUUUUGUUGCAUAAAAU